UAUAGCUGCCAUUUCCUCUUUGUAAAGGAGACGCCAUUUUGCAAGCGUCACUUGGCGGCGUGUCGGGUUUCUGCAUUUUUGUUACUUACCCGAAAGCGAAUCAUAAUAUUGUUUUGUUUUUGUGUAAUAUGUCGUAUCAGUCUAGUGUAGCGCAGGAUUCACUAUCUUCUGCGCAACUAGAAAUGGCCGGUAACCCCAAUGCUUUGGCUCUUCGUCGGCCAUUCGACCCUGUGGCGCACGACUUGGAAGCCAGUUUUCGCUUGACGAGAUUCGCCGAUCUCAAAGGAAGAAGUUGUAAAGUACCCCAAGAUGUUCUCUCGAAGCUUGUGGAAUCGCUGCAGCAGGACUACUCGCAGCAGGAUCAAGAUCAAUUCAUGCAUGUGGCUAUCCCGCGCAUCGGUAUCGGCUUGGACUGUUCGGUAACUCCGCUGCGACAUGGAGGGCUUUGUUUGGUGCAAACCACUGACUUUUUUUACCCUUUAGUUGACGACCCCUAUAUGAUGGGUAAGAUUGCGUGUGCCAACGUACUUAGCGACUUAUAUGCCAUGGGUGUGACUGAAUGUGAUAACAUGUUGAUGCUCCUAGGAGUGUCCACGAAAAUGACUGAGAAAGAGCGAGACGUAGUUAUACCUCUCAUUAUGCGAGGAUUUAAGGAUUCUGCACUAGAAGCAGGUACGUCCGUGACGGGCGGGCAGACCGUGAUCAACCCCUGGUGCACCAUCGGAGGGGUUGCGACGACCAUUUGCCAACCGAAUGAAUACAUUGUGCCCGACAAUGCAGUUAUGGGUGAUGUCUUAGUUCUAACAAAGCCGCUUGGCACCCAGGUUGCAGUAAACGCUCAUCAAUGGCUGGAUCAGCCUGAGCGUUGGAACAGAAUUAAAUUGGUUGUAUCUGAAGAAGAUGUGAGAAGAGCUUAUCAUCGGGCAAUGGAUUCCAUGAGCAGACUUAACCGGAUCGCUGCUCGACUCAUGCACAAAUACAAUGCCCACGGAUCAACUGAUGUAACUGGAUUUGGUCUGUUAGGACAUGCGCAGAAUCUGGCGUCACAUCAAAAGAAUGAGGUGUCGUUUGUUAUUCAUAACUUGCCAGUGAUUGCCAAGAUGGCAGCAGUGGCAAAGGCUUGCGGCAACAUGUUCCAGUUAUUACAAGGUCACGCUCCGGAGACUUCUGGUGGACUGUUGAUCUGUUUGCCCCGUGAACAGGCGGCUGCAUACUGCAAAGACAUUGAGAAGCAGGAGGGCUACCAGGCCUGGAUCAUUGGCAUAGUUGAGAAGGGCAAUCGCACCGCCCGCAUCAUUGACAAACCCCGAGUCAUUGAAGUGCCCGCUAAAGAUUAAAUUGUUCAUAAUAAUGAAGACAUUUUAUAAAAAUGUUAGUCUAAACUUAUUUCAGAGCUGGAUAAAUCUUAAUUUUAAUUUUCUAUCAACAUUAUGGCAUUAGUGUUUCUUUUAUAAUUUUAAACUUUUAAAAAACAUUUACGGCUAGAUAGAAAUUUAAUUUAAUCUUGGUUUACACAUUGACAUAUGUAUUUGUAUAUUAUGUUUUAUAAUAUAAUAUGACUACAAAUUUUUUGAAUAAUACAUGACAAUGUAUAAUCAUUAAUCAUGCAAUUAAACUAAGGCUUUAUUAUUAUAAUUCACUCUAACACUACGCUGGGAGGAAACGUAUUUAUGAAUAUUAUAGAAGAUAUGUAGCAGAAAAUAUUGUUAUAUGUUUGAAUUAUAAUGAAAAAUUACAGAACUUGUCAUAACGUCAUUGAGUAAACCAUUAUUAAAAGUGCAUAGAUAUGUUGUGAGUACAUUUGUACAAAGAGCAUUAAUUAUAUUAAAAAUAUAACAAAAGUAUGCAUAAAACAAACCAAUUCACAUGAUUGUCCUUGUUAUACUCUUAUUAUAUCUAUGAUCUAAUCUUUUUCUAGCAUUUGGUGUUUUAGGUAUUUAAGUAAAGUAUCACUAUUAAACUUAAGUGAAAAAGAUUCCAUUAUGUUCCCUUGAACAUCAAAUACUGCAGCUUGUGGAUCCAUUCUACAAAUUGUGAAUUAAGUAUAAUAAUUGAUUAGAAUAAAAUUAUUUUUCAUUCUAA